AUGUCUUUUCUGCCGCAUUGCAAAGGUUUCUGUCUACGAGGAGUGAAUUUCAAUGACGAUGAUGAUCGACAGGUGACGCAUCUGGUGAUAAAGAGGCCGGCUCAGUUUUACUUUCACCCGGGGGAUUACGUGUACGUGAACAUCCCCGACAUUGCCAAGUACGAAUGGCACCCGUUCACCAUCAGCAGUGCGCCGGAACAAGAAGGAGAAGUGUGGCUGCACGUGCGUGGAGUAGGGGAAUGGACGAACCGCCUGUACGAAUAUUUUGAAAGCGAGCAUCAGCGCCUGUCCAGGAUGAACGACCCCACGGAGCCUUCCGUGUCUGUCUGCAUCGAAUGCGAGGGGAAGAAAGAAGAAAAUUUCAUCCUUUCCAUCAAACGGAAAUUGAGUCGAAGCAAGCAAGAAAACGAAGCCAAUAUGAUCAUCAAGAAUCAAGGGUUCCUGGAUAAAUCCUCAUCGUUGGCUACGGGUGUCAAAGAGGAAGAUAAGGCUGGAAUAGACGGAAAUGGCCUCACUUCCAUUAAAGGGGAGACGGAAGAAGGUGUGAAAACUGCUAAGACGACAACGAAGGGGAAAGGGAAGGGGAAGAGCGUGAAGCUUGUAGUGGAUAGUGAAGGAAAUGGUAAUUCCUCGGAGAAUCUACGUCGGAUCGGUCGACCAUUCUUCUCGAAAGCGAUUCGAACACGAUCGAUGCCUGACGUACAGUUGAAUAUACGCAAGAGGCAACGUCUCCUCCUUCUGCGGGAAGGGAAGUGGUCUCGUUCGGAGAGACGUUUCAAGGAUUCCGACAUGGGAAGGGGACAAGAGGAGGGAUUCAAGACUCAUUUAGAUCCGACCAAGGGAGGCCUAGAAAGGAGCUUCAGAUACAUGAGGAACAAGCCGACGAUCGUCUCUCUGGGAAUCCCUCAAGUUGUCGAAGAAUAUGAGGAUCUGCAGGAUGAAUCUGGAGAAGAAAGAGAUAUCCAAAUGCCUUCUGCGGAGGAACCCGCGUCCAUGGGGAACGCGGGAAAACGUUUCCAUCUUCCUCUUGGGAGGCCAAUCAAGAUCUCUCUGGAUGGGCCAUUUGGGGCGCCGAGCAGUCAUAUUUUCCGAGCUCAGCACGCAGUCUUGAUCGGGACUGGGAUCGGUGUCACUCCUUUCGCCUCCAUUCUCCAAAGCAUCAUGAUCCGAUAUUGGCAUGCUAAGCAUACGUGUCCCAAUUGUCAUCACUCCUGGGCCGGAUCUAUCCCCAAUUCCGUGAUGAAUCUGAGGAAGGUGGACUUUUUCUGGAUCAAUCGAGAACAGCGGAGUUUCGAGUGGUUCGUGGAACUUCUGUCCCAACUGGAAAUGGAGCAGGCAGAGUUGGGUGGGACGUUGGAACGUUUCCUGGAAAUGCAUAUGUACAUAACUUCCGCUCUCCAGGUCACCGAUAUGAAAGCUGUUGGCCUUCAGCUUGCGCUCGACCUCCUCCAUCGCAAGGAAAAGAGGGACCUGAUCACGGGGUUAAAGACGAGGACUCUGGCCGGGCGUCCGAAUUGGACCAAGGUAUUUCAGCAGAUCGCAGAGCAGAGGAAAGGGCGCGUGACAGUGUUCUUCUGCGGGCCUCCUGCCCUGGGCAGAAUCCUUCGAGUCAAAUGUGACACUUUCGGCUUUGAGUUCCGCAAGGAAACCUUCUGAUCAGUGAUCACUUCGCACAAAACAAGAGUCCUCUUUAUAUCGCAUAAUUUGUGCACACUUUUAUUAAAAAAGUAAAAUCACGUAUUGCUUUUCAAAGAAAUAAUAGAUGAUAUUUUGUGGAGAGUCCGUCAUCGCAAUAGUAGAUCCCGCACCGAUUGGGGGGAGCAGACGCUGUAGGCUCGCCUCUCGUCCGUGCAUUCAUCCUUACUCAUCCACAUGAGAUAAAAAGAUGAUCAGAGUCCGUAAUAGCAGAAGUUUCCUCCGCACUGAUUGCGGCAGCAGAUACCAUAGUCUCUGCACUCGAAGCUCUCGGUGCACUCGUCCAUGCAUUCGUCCUCCAUCGUAUCAGGAAUCUGAUUACCACCAGGGUGGAAGUCGUUCAUCGUGUCCGCCUCCUUCAGCUUCGGACACCUUCGUUCCUUCGAAGGAGCUGAAAAGUUGUCGCCAAAUUUUUUUUCAAGCAAUAAAGUCU